UUAAAUUUAUCCAUUACUCGGAUUUGGAAAAGAACAAAUGCAUCACUUUGGCAGACUCGCGAGGAAACUGUUAUCCUAUGCCAUUGCAGAAAGGCUGAAGAAAAAGCAAUAUUAUCUAAAUAAUGGAAGUGCAGUGCUAAAGGAGCUUCUUGCUUUAUGUGACGGAAAUUGCCGAAUUCCCCUCCGUUACCUAAGUGCCACAGAGAUCGAGAAUGCAAUUGAGCACUCUAAGAGUAAAAUAGAGCUCUCCGGUGUGGAUAUGGUUACGGGCUUGCUUGACAACCAGCUCGUUUUAGUUAGGUUCAAUUAUCAGAGCUUCGGUAGUAUCCACCGAGAUAUAGCAAUUACUGCUCAAAUGAGCCAUCUCAAGAAUGUGCUUAGACUUUUCGGCUGCUGCCUUGAAUUCGCAAAACCAGUUCUGGUAUAUGAAUAUGUUGAGGCUAUAAGUCUUCAUGAUUUACUUUUUAAUGAGGGUAAUCGUGAGCGUGUCACAAGACCAGUAUCUUGGGAAAAUAGGUUACGGAUUGUGAAUGAGGUCGCUUCAACAGUAGUUUAUCUCCAUACCGAAUUUACUACACCUAUCAUCCACAGAGAUAUAAACCCAUUCAAAGUGAUAAUAGAUCGGAAUAGUGGCGCUGUCAAAAUGGUCGACUUCUCAUUGUCCAUAUCAUUGCCUCCAGGAAAAUUGGAAGUAAAAGAUUGUGUGCGCGGAACAUUAGUCCUGUAUAUAGAUCCUGAAUAUGUCCGCUCGGGUAUUGUCACUCAAAAAACUGACGUCUACGGCUUAGGGGUUCUUCUCUUUCAGCUAUUAACUGGAACAAGCAUGCACGAGAUAGAUAUUAGAGAUAUUCCACCUAGCGUCGAAUUUGAAGAUCCAAAUCUUCCCACCAGCGUCCAACGUUAUAUUAAAGAGGGCAGUGCAAUAGAUAUGGCGGAUCCUGCCAUUCUAGAAAAGCACGGAAUUGAGAUUCGACAACACUUGGAAGACUAUUUGGAUCUUGUUAAGCAAUGUACUGAGUCAAAGGGAGAAGAUCGGCCAUAUAUGAUUAAAGUUGCAAAGGAAUUACGUCGAAUUGGGAACUGCUUCCGUGCCCUCACCAUCAGUCAAAUUUAAAUGUUUAUUGUAAUACAUGAGGUGAAAAAAAUUUGCGUGCACCUCG